UCAUCCCCGCAUCGUCCGGUGUUAACGUCUCGUUUAUUGUCGGGGCUAUGUAAUUAAGACCAAUCUCCUGUGUUUCUACAUAAACCUUUACCUUCAGCCAUUUGGCAUUCGCGAGGCAGAAGUCUGGUCUGGUCCGUUAUAGGCAGCAGAGAGAGAAAGAGCCGCCAGAAUGGCUCCGUCCAGUGCCAGAAUGGGGUGGAGUUAAUAAAGUCUGGGUUUAUCCGGGCGCGGUCAGGUUCCAGGCGGAAGUUGCCACGACAACACCGACACAUGUUCUAAGUAGUGCGCACCUGUAAGGAUCUGCUGCACAGACGACAGCUGGGCUAUAUACCCAUCGCCUGCAAGUGUCAGUUGAGAACGGAAAAAGCUGUAGAUGCGAUGGCGUCUGUAGCUGAGUGCGUGGAUUGUGCAGACCCGAGCGCAGAGAGUUCUACCGAUGAAAGCUGUGCGGUUGAGGUGUUUCCUAUUGUCGAGAGGGAAUUGACUAUGAGUGCUGUGGCUGAGAGAAACGUGGAAGUGAUGGAGGAGGAGAAGAAGGAGGAGGGUGUGGAGGGAGGUGAGGAGUGUGGAGCAGUGGGAGUAGGAGAUGGUACAGAAAUGGAACUAAGUUGUGAAGGCGAGGGAGCUGCAGUAGUGUUGGGUGAUGCAGACGCUUCCGGAGAUGGCGAAGAAAGUUUCAGUGAGGAGGUGGGAGAAGGAGGAGAUGGUGGGACUGAGAGAGGUGCGGAGUUAAGGGAAGGUGCGGAGAUGGAAGUCAAUGGGGAAGAUGAGAAAACUGCAGUAGUUGUGAAUGAUGCUGUAACUUCAGAGGUGGUAGAUUGUGGAGAGGUGAAAGUGGAGGGGAGGGAGGAGGAGAGGAAGGGAGAUAGAGAGAGGUGGUGGGAGAGGGGACGAGGGGGAACCAGAACAAAUGGAGAGGUUGGGCUCACCAAUGGUGUGUUGGAGGAGGAUAAUGUGGAGGGAAUGAGGAGGAGGAGAAGAGAGGGCGCUAAUGGUGAAGAUAUGGAGGUGGGGACAGAGAAAUCUGAAGAGGUGGGAGGUGGAUUGAGUAAGGCAGUGGACGAGGAAGGGAACAAGAGUGGCGGUAAAACAAGUGCUGAUGCAGAAACCAGGACAAGAGUAGGAGGAGGAGGGGGAGGAGGAAGAGGAGGAGAGAGAACAAGGGAAGUGAGCAGAGAAAGCAGUGGCAGUGGAAGGAGAGAGAAGGAAAACAGUGGACCAAGGAUGACGAAGGAGAGCUUGCGGAAACUGUGCAAGGAGCAGAAGCUCUACCUCACUCCAUACCUCAACGAUGUCCUCUACCUGCACUACAAAGGGUACCCGUGUAUUGAGGCUCUGGACGAGUACACUGGGUUGAAGUGCAUCUGGCUGGAGUGUAAUGGACUCAUGAAGAUCGAGGGACUCGACAAUCAACUGGAACUGAGAUGUCUAUUCCUGCACCAGAACCUGAUCAGUAGGAUUGAGAACAUUGGCCACCUCCAGCAGCUGGACACCCUCAACCUCUCCAACAACUCCAUCUCACGACUAGAGAAACCUCGUCAGCUCCCAGUGCUGACGACGCUGCAGAUAGCCCACAACAGACUGCGGACUGCUGAAGACAUUGAGGAGUUGGCUCACUGCCCCAAGCUCAGUGUGGUGGAUAUGUCUUACAACAGACUGGAUGACCCAGCUGUGAUGCAUGUCCUCACUGCCAUGCCCGAACUGAGAGUCCUGACAAUGACUGGGAAUUCUGUCAUCAGGAAAAUCACCAACUACCGCAAGAACCUCAUCUGUGCCAUUAAAUCCCUCACCUACCUGGAUGACAGACCAGUGUCCCCAAGAGAGAGCCUGUGCUGAGGCAUGGAGAGAAGGAGGGAGAGAUGCCGAGCAGCAGGAGCGACAGAGAUGGGCGGAGAGAGAACAGCAGAGGAUCCUCAAUAGCAUCAAAGGACUGGCAAACAUAAGAGCUCAGGCAACGGCUCGAAAGAAGAGAAAGCAGCAGCAGCAGCAACAGCAACUGAAUGGAAAAGAUAACACCAGCAGUGGAGACAGCGGCCCAUCGAGUGGCAGUGAUGUAGAGAGUGGCGAGACUUCCUCUGGUGAUGACGAAGAGGGCGAAGAAGACUCCGCCACCAGUGACGGCGGCUUGAGCAAGGGAAACGACGGUCAGAGCCGUGAAACAGAAGAUGCUUCUGUUGGACUGGGGAAGUGGUCUCCAGGAAGCGAGGUUCUCAACGAAAAGGAUGCUCAUGUAAGGCAGGGGUCAAAGUCCAUUUCAAGUCCCACAUUGCCAAUAAGCACAGCCGUCACCAAACAGGACACAUUUCUGACAGAUUCAAACUCACCCGAAACCCUGCCGAGUUACUCCGAUACCCCGACUCAGACACCACCCGAACACCCCACAGACACUCCACCCCAAAACUCCACUCGGCCGGUCGCUACACCAGAAACUGUCGACGACAACAAAUGCACGCCUAAUGACAACACUAGUGAUAGUGUAGGCCUGUUUUCCAGCAAGACCACCUCUACUACAACCCACGGCCCACCUUUGACCCUGCUAUUGGAUUACCCUCCACCCUCCCCCGUUGGAAAACAGCAACCUCCACUCCUUCCCUCCUCUCUCUGCUCCUCCUCGACUCUUUACAGAGACAUGGAGUCAGAGGGAGAAAAGAGAGGACAGAGAAGGGAUCUCAUUGUAGAGCUGGAGACCGAAUCGUCAGAGGGCUCCACCACCUCCGGGAGAUUGAGGUCUGAGAGAGAGCCGUCUGGUGGAGCCUCGGUGGAGACUGGGGGAGAGUGGGCUACAGCGGCAGUGAGUGGGAGAGAGACUGGGUCAACAAAGACGUCAGGUGCACCGGAUUCAGUCACUGUUUUGGAUGUUGAAGAAGAGGAGGAGGAGGAGGAGGAGGAGGGGAGGCGAGAUACGAAGCUCCCAGCAACGAAAGAGACAGGUCCACCGUACUUGUUUGAGAAGCUGUCAGACGUCCCGGCAGUGAGAGACCAGAGCGAGGUGGAGGCUGCAGAAAGGGCCCUGGAGCGUCUGGCUGGGAAGCAACCUCACCAGCUGACCCCGUCUGACCGGAUCUGGGAACUAGCAGCAUGUGGCGGGUCGACACAGGCCAAAGACGACGUCACACUAGACUCCGACAGCAAGGAGAGGAUCAAGGAGAGACUGCGCGCAAAGAAACUCACCGAUAAGACCACUCUCGCAUUCUGAACUCUACACACUUUCACGAAACGGCAUUCUGUUCAUUCCUGUGGUUAUUGUAUCAGGGCCACUGUGAUUUUGAAAAUGCCUGAGGCCAGCAAAAAACACCUGCUGUUAGUUUAACGUUACUCGUGUUGUUUGUAUGAAUUAGGUAAUUCGAAACCAUUAUGUAAUGUAUUUACAAGAGCAUCAUGAAAUUCCAC